AUGUGCCGUGCUCCCUUUUAUCUCACAUUGCUUUUGCCCUUGUUGUUGCUUCACAUCGUGGCCCCGGCGAGUGCUUCAGUUCGCUUUGUGCUGAAGGACACGCGCCCCGUCUGCUUCGUAGAGGAGGUGGACGAGAGCACACGGGUGGUUUCCGGUGAGUACACGCGUGCUGCAGGGGCUGCGGUCAAUGUUCCCGCCCGCAUCCUCGUGUCGGACCCCAACGGGGAGGAGGUGUCAAGCAACGGGCUAAUGGUGGGGACGCACGCCUUCACGGCACCGGUGAGCGACGACACCGCCGGCCAGUACACACUGUGCGUGCAGGUGACGGAGAAGGGGUGGGAGGUAACCUCGGAGGCGGGCGGUAUUCUUGUGGAAUUCGACACGGACCAGAGGUCCAGCAUCAUGCCGGAGACGGAGAUGCCAAUUCUCAGGCGCCAGAAGGUGGAGGGCCUGGAAGUCUUCACCUUCCGUGACUUCGGCGGCGAGCAGAAGGACAUCCUGCGACCAGCAGAGUACAUUCAGCGCGUCGAAAACGCCCUAGAUAGCCUGGUUACGCUUGUUUCCGACACGCAAGACGAGAUCGAGCAUCUUAUAGGCCGCUUCAGGCGCAUGCGACGCACCUCCGAGAGCACCUACACGCGGAUAUGGGCCUUCGGCAUCAUCACUGCCCUGGUCAUGGUGGUGGUCACGUGGCUGCAGUUUGUCUUCCUAAAGUCCACCCUGCGGCAGAAGAAGUUGGUGUAG